AUGGCUCAACUAAAUCUCCUUAACACGACCUGGACAUUACACCGACUUUCUCCGCUCCACCAUGGCAAGGAGUUCCCCUCCCUCCUCAACAACGACCAAGCUUUGAAGACCUACGCAGCCCGUCUUCGUGACCAUCUCACAGGUGGCACCACCACCACCCCCUCCUCCUCCAGCUCACGGACAACCUUCCAACUUGGAGGAGGCGCAAGUAAUCCCGAGGACCCCGACCCCUCCUCCUCCAAAACCGGCGCACUAGUAUCUUGCACCUGGGAAACCAUCCCAACCCUCUCCCUCUCCGGCCACACAACCACAACCACAACCACCUCAACCUCACCUUCAGACACCACCAACCGCCCCCGCGGCCGCCCUCGCCGUCCAACCCCGACCCCCGGCACCCCCGGCGCCGGCAUCCUCAUCACUUUAACCUACGAUUCCCAAACCUACCGCGCCGCCCUCCUCACGCACUCCGCCGCCCUCUCAACCUCCUCUGCCUUGAAACCAGAAACCCACAACCCAGCCGCAGCUUCAACCUCCCCCGAACCAUCUUCAUCAACAACGUCUAGAAAGCGCACCCUUCGCUCCCAAUCCCACACCCAAUCCACGCACCUACCCCUCCUCCUGACUAAACUCCCCGCGCCGCUGCGCCAGUCCUUUCUGGCUUUCCUGGCGGCGACGUUUGAUACGUACACCGCGGGGUUGAAUCUCGCGUCGGGGGUUUUGUGUGAGGCACUGGAGGCGUAUGUCUCCUCGCUCCUCGAGGGAGAGUCUGGUGGGUUAGGUAGGGAGGAGGAAGGGGAGGAAGGGGAGGUGGUGGAAGCGGUGGUGAGGGAAUUGCAUAUUAUGUUGGGGUUUCAGGGGCCAGUGGCGCCGGGGCUGCGGGGGCUGGAUAUCUGUGUUCCAAGGGGGACGAUAAAGAGAGUUGUUGGGCGGAGACGGAGUGGGGGUGGGAGUGGUGCUGAGGGUGGUGCUGAGGGUGAAGCAGAAGGGGUGGAUGUAUUGGGGAAGGUUGGGGAGUACUUGGAUACGCAUUUGGCGAUGAAGGUGGAUUUGAGAGCGGGGAAGGGGCUGGGUAGUGGGAAUGUGGUGGGGGUAACAAGGAUUAGUUGUGGUGGGUUCUUGUUGGGGGCGGAUGGGAAGAUGAAGUUGGUGGGUGCUGGUGCUGCUGGGCAGGUGGGUGGUGAGGGUGAGGAGGAGGAUGCGGACGAGGAUGACGACGUUCCGCCUGCUGGUGCAGGACGUGCGCUGAGCCUCAAAGAUCGGCUUGCGUUACGAGCCGCUGAAAUCUUGCUUAUGAAUGUGGUGCGGAGAGCUGCUGGCGAGGGACGGCGAGAGACAUGA